AUUGACUACUCCCGCAAUUGUGAUAGAACCUGAUUUCGAUUCAUCCGUUCAACUUUGCCGGCAUGUCGGGGAUUCCGAAUGUAUGAACUGCAUGGGUGUAAAUAACCCAUGGUCUGUCAUAACAUGGCCAUACUGAAAACAGUCUGAUAUUGCAGGUGAUCGAGCACGACGACGAAAUGUACCAUCUUCAUCCACUCACCGCAAGAAGAGAGCGCAAUCCAAAGGCAUCACUUAAUCCAGAUCAAAUAUUAUCCCCAGACCAUCUUGAAAAGCUGUCGAGACGCCAGAAAUAUGCGACAGCCCUUGCAAUCGCUUCAUCCGUUGCACAUCUCCAGUCAACCCCAUGGCUACGAGCAGAGUUGAGCAGGGAUGAUAUGCUCUUCUUCCCGAACGCCGAAGAUGGCAAUCUUAACUACGAUGAACCUUUGAUCCAACAAGGCUUCUCUUUGAGCGACGAUGCCUACGCUGACGUAGUUGGAAGAAGCUUGUGUUCCGGAAGGAGACUCGAGGACGAAGCAUUGCGAAAAAAGCAGUCCAUUGGCGAUGAUGCAGCAACAAAGCAGGUUUUCGAUCUGAUGGUUGAUCUCCAGUGGUAAGAAAUCCAUUUCUAAGGUUGCCUGGUGCUAAUCAUCCAGGGCACGAGUCCAGGCCGUGACUUGAGCAAAGGCUGGCGAACAGACCUCAUCAAGAAUGUGAUCAAUCCAUUGGAGGAGUGUCAACGCCAGUUCAAGGCUAUCGCGGCGAUCUAGUUGGCAAUCCUCUCUUGUAUGCCAUGCAUUGGGUAGAACGUCUACUUCUUGUAGGUAGGCCCUCAUUGUCA